CAGCCUAGCAAGAGAAACCAAUUUAUAUUUUUUAAAUUCUUGUUACAAAUUGGUUCUUGAAUCUUGGUAUUUAUUAUUUCGUAAUAGGUAUUAGGUAGUAGGUGUAUUCAGUAUUACACAAUUACUAUAAUACAAAUUAUAAUCGCAACAUUUAACAGCGUAAGAUAAAGGCUUUAAAGUUUAUUCUUUUGAAGUAUGUAGUAAUUCUAAUUAGAAUUGCAUUCCUUUGCAUUGUGUUUACUAUAAAUUUAUAUCAAUAUAAUUCUGUAUAUUAUUUAUUACUGUUAAAUUGUAUAAAAUUUAUAUUUAAAAAAAAUACCAGGUAAAUCUAGAUAAAAUGCCUAGAAAAUUAUUGAAAUUUUUAAUUGUGUUUGAUAACACAUCCUUGUUGUAUUUUCCUGGUCAGUUCCUAUCAGGAAAGGUUCUAAUGGAGCUGCAAGAUGAUACUCCCGUUUUGGGUCUACAUUUCCAUGUGAUUGGGGAGGGUGUGGUGAGAGUUGGCUCUGGGAGACAUGAGAGACUGUUUGAUAAGGAGAAUUACAUUGACUUCAGAAUGAGAUUGCUGGGUGAACCAGGUCACAGUGCAUCAAUUCUGUCCCCCGGUAUACACAGCUUUCCAUUUAAGCUGGGUCUGCCAAUGGGCUUGCCGUCCACAUUUCUUGGAACACAUGGUUGGGUGCAGUAUUUUUGCAAAGCAGCACUACGAGAGCCCAAUGGCUUAACACAUAAGAACCAGCAAGUUUUUAUUGUAAUGAAUCCAAUAGACCUUAACUUGGAACCACCUAUUUUGGCUCAAGAGUAUGAGUUGAACGUGGAGCAUAAGUUGGGUGUGGGAUGUGUUGGUGGUGGCACAGUCAGCUGUAGUGUGACACUGGACCGUGGUGCCUAUGUGCCGGGCCAGAGUAUUGCACUCUCCGCACAUAUUGUCAACCACUCGAGGACAGCCAUUAAAUCCACCAGAGCUGCUCUAACUGAAACUAUCCAGUACAUCGCGCACGGGAAGGUCGCGGCUCGCGAGGUCCGUGAGCUGUCCCGCGUGGAGCACGGCAAGGUUCGCGCUGGAGGGGCGGAGCGCUGGCGGGGGGACCUGCUGUAUGUGCCGCCGCUACCGCCCACCAACCUGCGGGGCUCGCAUCUCAUCGCCGUGCAGUACGACGUCUUUUUCAUAUUGGAGCCGAAGAGCUUGGAGAAGGAGGUGAAGCUCCAGCUGCCGAUCCUGCUGGGGACAUACCCCUACCGUGGCGAGGACGACGAACGUCCACACACCCACUACCCCACUACGUUGCCCAUCUUCCGACCCUGGCUGCACGACAAGCACGCGCAGUAGCUCACCGUUCACAGCUCAACUAUUUUAAUAUUGAUUUUUUAAAUGCAAAAAGCCGUAAUCUUUUAAUUCUCAACUUAGAUUCUAUUCUUUCUAUUGUAGCUUCUGUGGAAGGGACACCACAACUCGGCCAAUGUCACGUUUCAGUAGCCCACCAAGCUAAGAGUGUGUCAUUUGAUUGGUGUCAACGAAUUUACAUGUGAUUAAGGUAACGAUCGGUGCCCUGAUUGAAAACAGUUUUAUUUUCUGAUUAUACCUGAAACAAAUAUACAUGCUGUUAGAUUAUAAUGGACAAACACUGAUAAUAUUACUUAUAUAAAACAUUUAUUGUGUUAGUUAUAACAUAAAAUUACUUUGUUUAAUAUAUUUUAUUUAUACGUCUGGAUAAGACUGACAGCUGUGAAAAAAAUUGAUGUUCACAGUUAACUUCUAUUUUGAGCAAUGCACACACACACUAUCACAAAGUGACAUACAAAUCGCGAGUUUAAGACGCAGCCUGUCACGCACACUAAAGUAAUAAACCUGGUUUGUUUUCAUCCCUUGUCUAACAGCAAGAUCUAUUUAGACGUAUAGAUUAUCUAAGCUCUGCAACUAUACAAGUGGAAUAUAUCUAUUUAUAUAAAAUAUUCUAUACCGGUAUAACUAAUAUCCAAUAAGAUUUCUACUUUUUAUGAUAUUUCGUUUGGAAACACUGCAUAUAUUAUAUAUACCGUUUAAAAUGUUGUAAAUUUAUGGUAAAUACAUCUAUGCAUACUUGUUUAGCAAUAUGGCACAUAAAAACACAUUUUGUGUUUCAUGAUAACAAACACAAUAUAAAUUACUUGCAGCACAAAUUAACAAAACUGUGUAUUUAUUCAAUGUUAUUACUGCGUUAAUGACAUUUUAAUAUCACUGCCAUUUCGAUAUAAUAUUUGUAUGUAAAGGUGCCUUUAAUAUGUCUUAACUAACGCCAGUUUAUUUAGAAUGAUAUUAUUAUGAUGUGAAGGAUUAUGUGAAGCACAUGAGUUGGUUUCGAAUAUUUAUUUAUUUAAUUAAAUUGCGUUACAUGCGACUUAGUUACUAAACAAAAUUGUAGUACUAAAUAAUUAUCACAUGCACCUCGUAAUAAGGCAUAGCAAUGGACGACAGAGGGGCAGAGAUUCAAAUAUAUUUUUCCUCUAGGUAUUCAUUAAUGGAAUAGUAACAUUUUUCCAAAAGUAACUUUUUCAAAAAGGUUAUGAAUUUUUUAACAUUGGUUUCGGCUUUUAAGUGUUCUGGUAACUUAUUAUAACUUACAAUGUAGCUUAAGACAGGUGUUAUAAACAUUAAAAUGCUGUUAUACAAAAAGUAAAACUUGUCGUUAAGUUGUAUCUAUCUAGUGUUUUCAAUGCCAUGAAUAAGUUAUAAUUAUGAGAGGUAAAUAAUG